AUGGAGAUACAGUCCUACUAUGCCAAACUCUUGAGCGAGCUGAACGAGCAGCGGAAGCGGGACUUCUUUUGCGACUGCAGCAUCAUAGUGGAAGGGAGGAUUUUCAAGGCCCACAAGAACAUUCUCUUUGCCAACAGCGGCUACUUCCGAGCUUUGUUGAUCCACUACAUUCAGGACAGUGGCCGGCACAGCACAGCUUCCCUGGACAUUGUGACUUCGGAGGCCUUCUCCGUUAUCCUGGACUUCCUUUAUUCAGGUAAGCUGGAACUUUGUGGGGAAAAUGUGAUUGAGGUCAUGUCCGCGGCCAGCUACUUGCAGAUGACUGACGUGGUCAACUUCUGCAAGACGUACAUCCGGUCAUCGCUGGACAUCUGCAGGAAGAUCGAGCGAGAAGCUGCCUUCUACCAGGCAGACAGCGGGAGCUCUGCCAGCUCUGCCUGCCAAGGCCCAUCCUGCGGUGCCAAGUCCCAAUGCUCAGCCUCCACUUCCUCUCUGCAGGACAAGGAUGGCGCCCCGGACUGCCCACAAGGGCCUCCCCCCUGUGGGGACUGCAGCAGCUGCCAGCGUCAUCUGGAUCUCCUGGCCAGGGACCCUGCUGGCUGCGAGUCUCCGGAUGACACCAGCUCCUCCGCACCCAAGGUGAUCGAGCCAAAGGUCGAGUUUGAUGUGGACGAGGUGGAAGUUGGGGGACGGCUACAGCAGUAUCCCACUCCCUUGAUGAUCGAGCAGAUCGAAGAGGGGCUUCACGGGGGGCAGGCCAUGGACUUGGCAUGCAGCAGCUACCACAUGAAGCAGGUUCUCGAAGCCUUGCUGCGCAACAGCGCCUCCCAAAGGAAAGACGAGAUGGUCCACCCUUUUGUGCGUGGCUUUGAGGGCCGGCCAGAAGAUGCCGGUUUGCCCAUGAGCUCCAUGAUGGACCUUCAGAGUGACUGGUAUGGGGAGGACACAGGUGAUGUCCUUGUGGUGCCCAUCAAGUUGCACAAGUGCCCGUUUUGCCCCUACACGGCGAAGCAGAAGGGCAUCCUGAAGCGCCACAUCCGCUCCCACACUGGAGAGAGGCCCUACCCCUGCGAAGUCUGCGGCAAGCGCUUCACGCGCCAGGAGCACCUCCGGAGCCACGCCUUGAGUGUCCAUCGGUCCAACAAGCCCAUCAUCUGCAAAGGCUGCCGGCGGACAUUCACCAGCAGCCUGACUCAAGGCUUGCGUCGCUUUGGCCUGUGCGACAGUUGCACAUGUGUCACCACCACUCAUGAGGAUUCAGUGCCCAUCAACCUCAGCCUCAUGGAGCCUUCUUCCGAAGGGCCAGAAAAGGGUGACCCAGACAACGACUGGCCCAUCUACGUCGAAUCCGGAGAUGAAAACGAUCCUCCUGAAGAUGAGGAGGCCGACCCUGACCAUAAGCAGGGCCUCCAUGAAGAAGCAUUGAUAACACUGCCCGGUUUCAGAAUGGAGAUUUCUUCCCACCAGUCCCACCUCCUGCAGCAGUUAAAUGAGCAGCGCCAGCAGGACCUGUUCUGCGACUGCAGCAUCCUGGUGGAGGGGAAGGUCUUCAAAGCCCACCGCAACGUGCUCUUCGCCAGCAGCGGCUACUUCAAAAUGCUCCUCUCCCAGUGCUCCAAGGAGGCCUGCCAGCCCACCACCGCCACAUUCCAGGCCUUUUCCCCGGAGACCUUUUCGGUGAUUCUGGACUUUGUGUAUUCAGGCAAACUCUCCCUCACCGGCCAGAAUGUGAUCGAGGUCAUGUCGGCCGCCAGCUUCCUGCAGAUGACCGACGUCAUCAGCGUCUGCAAGACUUUCAUCAAGUCAUCCCUGGACAUCAGCGAGAAGGAGAAGGACCGCUACUUCAGCCUCUCAGACAAGGAGGUCAGCUCCAAUGGGGUGGAGCGCUUGUGUUUGUACAGUGCUGGCUGGAGAGCAGAGUCCAGCCCCCCCCAUUCCCACCUGAGCCCCGACCGAGGGACCUGCGUGAUCAACAGCAACUCCUGGACCAACUUCAGCUACUACCCGUCUGCCCCAAGAGCCGCCCAGCCUCUCUCCAAACACGACCAAAGACAGGAAUCCCUGAAGAAAAGCAGGCAUUUGCAGCCUGCCGACGGGCCACCCUACAAAGCAAACAAGCUGGAGGACCGGGUUGCCGAGCAGGCGAGCCAUGCUCCUCCGUCUGAAGAGGAGCUCCAGGUGGACUCGGAAGGGGAUUCCUGUCCCACCAGCUACCAGUACGGGCAGGGCUCGGAUGCAGUCGCAAGAGGGCUGGCCGUGCCUCAACAUGAGCACGAAUUGCCCCAUUCUGCCAGCAAGUCCAAGUCUUCCAAAGCCGAAGAGCAAUACCCCAGCAUGCCCUCCGUCUUGGGGGUCAUGGGGAAUUGGGCUGAGGAUGACCUACCACGGAUGAGGUUCAAAUGCCCCUUCUGCACCCACGUGGUGAAACGGAAAGCAGAUCUGAAGCGACACCUUCGCUGCCACACGGGAGAGCGGCCAUACCCAUGUGAAGCCUGCGGGAAAAGAUUCAGUCGGCUGGACCACUUGAGCAGCCACUUUCGGACGAUCCAUCAAGCUUGCAAACCCAUCUGCAGGAAAUGCAAGCGUCAUGUCACUGAAAUGACAGGCCAGGUGGUCCAGGAAGGGACAAGACGCUACAGACUUUGCAACGAGUGCCUCUCUGAAGCUGGGAUCGACAGCAUCCGCAUUGAUUUGGACACAGAACCGCCCCCGGAGUUUCCUCUGGAGGAGGACAAAGAUUCCAACUGGAAUUACAGCGAAGACAAUAGAUCCGAUGUGGAGAUUGUAGAGGAUGGCUCAUCUGAUCUGGUUAUCCAGCAAGUGGAUGACAGUGACGAUGAAGCCGAGGAAAAAGACGUAAAGCCCAAUAUCAGGUAGGUAUGAAGGACAGAUCGUGAAUAGAGCCUCUCCCCCCCCCCCCGUCCUGUUAACGUUAUGUCUCAUCCCUUGUCUUGAGCGUUGACGCCCAGCCUGCCUGCCUGCUGGCCCAGGGUUCAGAUGCACUCUGCUCUAACGGCUUCCCCUGGCUUGGGGUCAACUGCAUGCAGUGACGGACAUGCCAUUGUGUCUCUUCUGAAUUUAGCUACUCCCAAGUAUCACUAUUUUAUUGCAUAAGGAAGUCUUCAUUUCAAGAUGGCGCAAUGUAUGAACAAUUAUUUGCAAACGGCAACCGUGAUAACUUUUGAUAAUAUAAAAUUGUCCUCUUAAUCCUUUUACAGAAUUGGAAAGCCCUUCAAAAUAAAAGUGAACAACUUCAUAGUAAUUCAGAUACUGAAUUAAAUUUUUUGCAAGUAUAAGAGUUUUGUUUAACUAUAAACACUAAUAUGAAAAGGUGCUUCAGCCUCUCCUAAGCCAUGGACAAUAAUCUCAGCUAUGUGUUAUCUUAGAAACACAGCCAGUAGAUUUAAAGGAAUGUAAGUGGACAACAAUUCAUAAUCCUUCAGCAAGCAUUCACCUUC